UUGAUAUUUUUGUGACGAUAACGGAUAUCCCCGUGACUAGACGCGCAUGCGCUGUAGCAGGUUCUCCUUCGUUUUCACCUCUAGGUUGGCCCUUGGAGCUUUGUAGGUUCGACGACCUAACAACCAUAAUCAAUCAUGUAUGCUUGUGCAAAAUUCGCCCAACCUUCAGCUAGAUGCCUGAGCAUUAUUAGUCGUUCAGCAUUGAGGCCACUAGGAAGCACUGUCAUUGUUAAAAAUGAGUCACAGCCAACUGCUAGUUUAUCAGGCUACAGUGGAGUCAGUGCUCUUAACCUAGCAGCCAAAUCUCCAAGUUUUUCAUCACUUGUAAACCAGAUCAGAAGUUUCCAGACCAGUGCUGUUCAGAAGGAUAUUGAUCAGGCUGCCAGAUACAUUGGAGCUGGUGCUGCAACAGUUGGUGUGGCUGGCUCAGGUGCUGGAAUUGGCAGUGUAUUCGGCAGUCUUGUUAUUGGUUACGCACGCAACCCAUCUUUGAAAGGACAACUUUUCUCUUUUGCCAUUUUGGGGUUUGCUUUGUCUGAAGCUAUGGGUCUGUUUUGCCUGAUGAUGGCCUUCCUGCUCCUGUUUGCAUUUUAACAAGCUAAUAGCAGGAUUAGAAUUCAAAUUUUUCAUGUUUAAAACUUAGCAACUUGAACUAAACUUUAUAAAAAAAAAUUGUAUGCUAAUGGUUUGCACAUUAAGGUAUGUUGUGUGAAAGAGACCAAGUGAAUUCUAUACACAAUUCUGUAAUAAAUUGGGCAUAGACCAAGGAUACAUGCUGACAGUUUGGGGGGGAAGGACGAUUUUAUUUUUUAAUUUAUUAAUAGUUAAAGUUGGAUUAUUCAGAUUUUAAAGUAGUUGUUAGUUAAGAACUUGCAUCAAAGUUAAGAAUUGCGCCCAGUGUUGUAACUGCCUACUAGACGUGACACUGACUGACUGACGGUUGUGCAUUGUUAGUGUAGAAGUCAUGGGAUAUUUCACCAUUACAUACCAUGGUACUGGUUUUGUAAAUUGUGAUAAAGAACUUUAAUGGUAAAUAAAUUCAGUAUCAUCUGUUAA